GCAAUAUUCCUCCCUCAUGCCUGCUGCAAACGGAGAACACUCGUCUGCUGGGGCGAUUGACCCCUCCCAGUUCCGCGUGGCCGUCGUCGGGGGUGGAAUUGGCGGGCUGACAACGGCGCUCAGCCUUGCGACUUAUAGUCCUGACCUGCCAGCGAGCAACAUUACAGUCUAUGAGCAAGCCCCUGAAUACAGCGAGAUUGGUGCCGGCGUCGGUAUAGGUGUCUCUGCCGGCCGUGUGCUGCAGAAGCUUGGGGUGUGGCCGGCGGCGAAUGCCGUCUCAGGCCAUCGAAACAAUGUGCACCGGAGCAAUCGCCGCUGGGACACGGACGAGCUGAUUGUGGACGCACUGGCCUUUGACAAUGGGGGCGCCGAGGAGGUAAGACAGUUGUGGGUGCAUCGCGCCGAGUUUCUGGAGGUCUUGUACAGCGAGAUCCAGAGACGGAACUGUGCCACGCUGAAGACGAACAAGAGACUUGUCGGCCUCGAGGACAAUGGCUCCACGGUGACCCUUCGCUUUGCCGAUGGCACAGAGGAGUCGGCGAAUCUGGUCAUUGGCUGCGACGGCAUUCACAGCACCGUUCGCUCCCACUUUGCUGUGGACAAGCCCGUGUACUCGGGCCGGAUAGCCUUCAGAGGCACAAUCCCUCUAUCUGCAGUGUCUGACGACUGGCCGUAUUCGUCGUGGACGCUCUCAUGGCUGGCGCCCAACAAGCACUUCCUGGCAUUCCCCAUGUCGCAAAACCGGCUCAUGAACGUCGUCGCGUUUGUUUCCAAGCCUGAGAGCGAGCUUGGCGGGCUCAAGGAGAGCUGGAGAAGCGAAGCACCACGAGAGGCCAUCGAGAAGGAAUAUGCCGGGUGGAAUCCGACGGUGCAGCGGAUCAUCCAGGCCAUGCCGCCCAUCAUCAGCGAAUGGAAGAUCAACGACCGCGAGAUCUUGUCUCAGUGGUGCUAUAUGGAUGGUAAGGUCGUUCUGAGCGGUGAUGCGGCGCACGCAAUGUUGCCAAUGCAAGGCUCUGGAGCAGGGCUCUCCAUCGAAGAUGCCAACAUGCUCGGCUUUGCCGUGCGGGACUACCUAAAGAGCCCAGGUGCUGGACUCGCAACGUAUAUGAAUCUGUACCAGGCGGCGCGAGUACCACGGGCCCAGAAAGCCCAGAUCACAUCACGGCAGGCGGCGGAGGUCUACGACAUGCACGGCCCCGACUUUGAAGGGAAGACGUUUGAAGAGUGUCUCCCCGUGGUGCGGGACAAAGUCAAGGACCGCAUGGCGUGGGUGUGGAAGUCGAACUUGGAAGCAGACUGGGCGGCUGCGAAGGAAAGCAUUGGGCUUGCAUAGCGACGGGCUGUUCUGGAGGGCAUGGCUCGAGGCAUGUAGAGGGAUAGAGACCUGAUCAAUGCGGUUUCUUGUGUCUAUCAUAUAAAUCAAUGGUAGUGACCAUUUUCCCAC